CUAAUGAACAGCUGCUACAGCUGUCUGCCGAAUUGCUGCUAGGCGAGGGAGUCAAGUGCUGCAUAUAAAUUGUUAAUUGUAACGCAACCAACGCCAACGCCUACACAAUGUCAGCGUUAAUGAAAUCUCUGUGCCUGGCCAAAAAGCUGAGCGCUUCGAAUCCGGCUCUGUCGCUUCAGAUUGCCCGCAAUCUUGCUGGCUGGAACAAGGACUACAAGCCGGCACCGUAUCCAAGGACAGAGAAGGAACGCGAGGCGGCUGCCAAGAAAUACUAUCUGCUGCCAGAGGAAUACAAACCGUAUGCCGAUAAUGGCCUGGGCUUUGGCGACUAUCCCCAUGUUGGCGGCGGACUGGGAUUAGAGAACAAGGAUAGCUACUAUCCCUAUGAUUAUCCCGAGCACAAGCGCAACUUGCACGAGCCAAUUUCAGCGGAUAUUGAUUUGUAUAGCGAGGAUCGAUUCUCGCAGCCGGAUCAACCACGCUACAGCACAUCCUAUUACUUUUUGUGCUUUUUGGGCGUCAUGUCCGGAUGCCUGGCGGUCUACUACUGGCUGGAGGAUAAGAAAAUGUAUCGUCCAGUGGCCGUCAAGCAGUUACCCGCUGAUGGCAAGAAGCACUACACCUUCGAUCAAUAGAAAGCCCUUGGAACAGCAGAUUGCUCUGUAUGCGUCGUGUGUUCAUGAUUUGAUGUUUGUUUCGCUUCGCCUUCGUUAAGAUUAAAUAGGCAAUUUACCAACGCAUAUGUACAAUUAAAAGAAAUACUAAAUUGAAGUGUCUGUCGAUUAAAUAUUAAAAUAUUGA